UCUGUGUUCCUCCUCAGGAGAAAGUGCCAACCCUUGGCACUUCCAGGCUUUUCUCCUGGAGGGGUUGGUGAGAUGGAACGAGGACAGGGCGGCGUCCGCGGCACAGGAGGGUCGUCCGCUGCUCCGCACCUACAGUGGCCCCCUGCAGCACUCCCUUGACCAGCUCAGCCAACGGGUGCUUGGCUCGAGUUUGGUCAGGGACUACACCAAGCCCAGGGAGUACACGGGGGAACUCAUCGGCAUCGAGUACCUGUACUCCCAGACGGGCAGAGUGCUGCAGGACGUCAGCUUGGACCCUGACGUUCCGGACGCGGGUCCACCGCCAACCGAGGAGGACGACGAGCUCGCCGAAGGCCGGCAUGAGUUGGAGGACCUCACACUCCACGUGCCUGGCGAGUUCACCGCUCCUCGGACGGACCCGCGGUCAGGGCAUCCGGCUGACGCACCCGCGCCCGAGCCAUCCCGUCCGACCGAUCCCCCCGAGCCCGCGCCCCGCUCCCCCGGCCGGUCCUCACCAGAGUCUCAGCAGGCCGCUGAGGACUACCGAGGACCAGACGACCAGCCGGGGUACCUGGCCGUGGUCCGCUUGGCCACGGCCUUAGUGGGGCUGCGCCACGAACAGGCCCUGUCCGAGGGGAGGGUAGACGAGCUCAUCGGGCUCUACGAGACCCUGUCCCCGUUCGACAGGGCCCGAGUAGUUUACCCUCCCCGCUACACGGACGGGGCAGCUCGGGGGGGUCGAUUCAUGGCAGCGAAGCCAGGCCACACCAGUAUCCCUGGUGUGGAGAGCCUGCGACGCUGCCUGGUCGGACAGACCUCUGGACCCGCCAGCAGUCCCAGCGCAAGCCGGCUGGUAGAAGCAGUGUGCGUCCAGCUCUGCAACCUGUACCCCACGGGCACCCGUGUGCACGGCGGCGCCCGGGGUACACGGUGGGACAGCGCACUGCUUCAAUACCGCCACAUCCGGGAGCUUGUGCUGGGACACCAGAGGUUGAUGGCUCGGGUUAGGACCCUCUCGCUGUGGUUUACCCGGACGCAGCGAGAGAAGGAGAGGGCUGUGUUGACUCCAGGCGUUGCAGCAGACGGAGGACGACCACCGGCGGCGGCCGCGGCGACAGCGCCGGGCCCGGCCUCAGCGGUGGCGGUGGAUCGUCCGGCGGCAGCAGCAACAGCCACGUCGGCGGUGCCUCAAGGCCGGGCGACGACAGCGGCAGCGAGGGGGGCGGCGGUGGCCCCGGCAGCGGCACCGGCUGUGGCAGCACCGGUGCCUGCUCUGCCAGAGCCAGUGGCGCGCAGACGGCUACUGGCGCCUCGACAGCCCGCCCCCUCGGCUGCUUACCCGGCCUUCCCGCCGACGGCUGCAGCCGCAGCUGCAGCUCCUCUCCUUGUGGACCUCUCACUGCCCCGGCAGAGUGUGUGGGUGCUCCCCCCCCCCCCUCCUGACGCUCCCUCAGACAUUGCCGGCUCCACAAGUCCUCCCUCCGCCGCUGGCCACCGCACAGCACGCUGGCCCUGAGCUGCCUGUAGCCCUGAAAACGGUAGAAAGGAGGAGGCUGAACGCCAAGCGACGGGCGGAGGCACAGCCGGGCACGACCCUCUCUCACCGGGCCGGCGUGCCACAGGCGCAUUUGUGCAGUAAAUGCGGCCAGCCGAGGCGGAGGGAGACCGGACACUCCCGCCACGGCAGAGAAUACUUCUGUUCUGUCGCGGUGGGUAAGAGUGUGGAGGACUGGCUGAGGGAGAAGAAGGAGCGGGACCAGGGAGCCCCGGACUGAUGCACACUCUUGCCGGGGAUGGUGUUGUACAUA